UUCAUUUUUUUUGUACGCCCUAUAUAGGCCAGCCAAAUGCAGACUGAACACACAGACUCUUCCAUUAGCUCAGUUCAGCAAGGUGGCCACGAUCCUCUACAUCUUUGUAUGAGGUGAAAGCAAAGGCAAGAUGGUGCAUUCUGAAGGCGUGUUCCACGACCAGUGGGAUGUGCAGAUUCGGCCUUUGAUAGACGCCAUUGACUCGCUCCGUUUCAUGGGCAUUGAUGAGGAUCUGGCCCUGCCAGCAAUCGCUGUGAUCGGAGACCAGAGUUCAGGGAAGAGCUCCGUGUUGGAGGCGCUGUCUGGAGUGGGACUGCCCAGAGGCAGCGGUAUCGUCACACGAUGCCCACUGGAGCUGAAGUUGAGAAAGCUAAAGCCAGGAAUGAAAUGGAAAGCCACCAUCUCCUACAAAGACACGCGCAUCGAUUUUGAUGACCCCUCUCUGGUUGAGGGCUCUGUCAUUGCAGCCCAGGAUGAUUUGGCAGGAAAGGGCGUUGGGAUUUGUAGUACCUUGAUUCGUCUGGAGAUUAUGUCUCCCGAUGUGUGUGAUCUGACUCUGAUUGAUUUGCCGGGGAUCACCAGAGUUCCAGUGUCAGGUCAACCAGAAGACAUUUCGGUCCAGAUUAAAAACCUGAUACUACACUUUAUUGAGAAGAGUGAAACGAUCAACUUGGUGGUGGUUCCAUGUAAUGUUGACAUAGCAACAACUGAAGCUCUCAGAAUGGCCCAGGAAGUGGAUCCAGAAGGGAAAAGGACUUUAGCCAUUCUGACAAAGCCAGACCUUGUGGAUCGUGGAACUGAAGGAGGCAUAUUAGCCAUUGCUCUAAACCAAGUUAUCCCGCUCAAAAAAGGAUAUAUUAUGGUGAAAUGUCGGGGUCAGCAGCAGAUUGAUGAAAAGACAUCCCUGGCUGAAGCCACCAGGAUGGAGAAGGAUUUUUUCAAACAACACCAAUGUUUUAGCUCUCUUCUUGAUGAGGGGAAAGCCACAACUGUUUUCCUUGCUGCUGAACUGACUCGUGAGCUGGUAACGCAUAUCAAAGAUUCUCUUCCAAGAUUGUCUGAUCAGGUGAAUAUGAAGCUAGCUGAGGUCAAGACACUCUUGAGUCAGCACAAGAGUGGUCCCCCUGAGGAUCCCCAGUUGAAGAAAGAGUUCUUUAUUGAUAUCAUAACACAGUUCAGUGACAAGAUCAAGAGCCUGGUGUCAGGGGAAGUUAUCAAUGAUGAAAACCUAUAUAUUCUCCUUCGUGGCCAAUUUAACAAAUUUAAAGAUGGCCUUGAAGAAAGCAAGGGUUUAUUCACCAAAGCAGUAGAGGAAGUUGUUGCAGAGUAUGAUGAAAAGUCCAGAGGAAGAGAAUUACUUGCUUUUAAUGACUGGCGAGUCUUUGACAAAACAGUACAGACACUGGUCAAGGGACAACAGCACCCUGCCCUGGCAACUUUGUACAUCAUCAAAGAUACCAUCCAGGUGCAGUUUACAGAAAUCUCAAGAGCAUGCUUCUCAAACUAUCCUUUCCUCCGACGCUUCUCAGUGAAAAAAAUUGAAGAAAUCCAGGCGAAACAAGAGGCCAUAGUGAAGGAGAGAAUCAAUGAGCAGUUCAAGAUGGAGCAGCUGGUCUACACACAGGAUAGCAUCUUAAAGGAGAGAGUGGGUGAUGCUGAUAGCAGCAGGGGGAACUACCCCAUGAUUCUUAAAGAAUAUUAUGAGGUUGUAGUCAAGCGCCUGGCAGACCAGAUCCCCAUGCUGAUCCAGCACUUCCUGCUGCACGAGUCAGCGCACGUGCUCUGUCUCAAUGUGCUGGGUCUCAUGGACCAUGCCAACCUGGAUGAGUGUCUGGACGAGGACACGGAGUGCAGCCACCGCCGCAAGGAGCUGCAGAACCGCAUGGAGCGCCUCAUCUUCGCUCACGAGAAGCUCAGUUACUUCCUCUGAAGCGACCGGGAUCGUUCCACAUCUCUGCUGAUAUUUAUGGUCACGGUGAAUUGAGGUGUGAAGAACAGUUGUGGGUUUCAGUGGUUCAGUUGUUAUUUCUAUUUGCAAAAAUACCUUGAAUUUCUCAUAUAUGGAAAAGCCCAUAUAGUAUUCACAAUAACAAACAGUCAACAGAAGGAAGUUCUCUGUUCUGUGCAUAUGUUUCUGUAAGAGUAUCAGUUCAUGAAUACAGUUUCCAGUCAGGAACUGUGUGCGUCCUUGCAUCAUGGGACAUGACCACAUAACAGUAUCACAUGAGGAAAUCACCCCAACCUUAGUCAAGUAAAAUCACAGGUAAAUUAAGUUCAAGUGGUUUGUUAAAACAUGAGGAAAACUAGAGCAUGAAAUGGUGAAUGACAAUGUACAGAUUAAAAAGACAAGAUCAAAUCAAUCACACUCUUCCCCUGGAUAUGGUUACUGUCAGUAAAACAACUCCAGAUCAUCUGUACGUUUCAUUUCUACCCUGGCAGCUAAUACAUCAGUUGUAAUAAGGUGAAAUGAAAUAACCUAAAUUAAAUGAAUCCUAUACAUUUUGCAUUCAAUUAAUCCUCCAUGCUAAAUGUGACCAUGGCAAAUAAGAUGCAAAAACUAAAAAUAUAUAAGAUUACCCUAAUUCAUGCCAUUUUGGUCACAUGUUGCUUGUUACAGUUACAGUAAAACACAUGAAACAUAUGUUUUGUUUUUAUCAUUGUUUUCAGUGGUGGCAUUCAUCAUGGAAUAAGCCGAGUUAAUGUAUUCUCUACUCUGUGACAGUUGUGACUGGUGCUUGUUUUGCUUGAAAAUCCUCCAUGUUGAUAUUUAAAUGAUUUCUUUUGAGAUUAUAGCAUUGUGAAUUGUA